AUGACAAGACAAUGUCAGCAGGAAUGCUCGGCUGCCAAACUGUCCGCUGUCCAGAGCUGGGGAGACAAAUUAUACGCAGUGGCCACCAUUCGGCUCCUGGACCAUCAGUUGCUCAGCUUCGCCCCCCAGCUGUUUACCUCAUCCCCACCAGACCCUACAUGUAGCCUGAGCAGUGUGCAUCAUACCAUUGACUACAGAUACAAGCCCCCAGCUGUUUACCUCAUCCCACCAGACCCUACAUGUAGCCUGAACAGUGUGUAUCAUACCAUUGACUACAGAUACAAGCCCCCAGCUGUUUACCUCAUCCCACCAGACCCUACAUAUACAAGCCCCCAGCUGUUUACCUCAUCCCCACCAGACCCUACAUGUAGCCUGAACAGUGUGUAUCAUACCAUUGACUACAGAUACAAGCCCCCAGCUGUUUACCUCAUCCCACCAGACCCUACAUGUAGCCUGAACAGUGUGUAUCAUACCAUUGACUACAGAUACAAGCCCCCAGCUGUUUACCUCAUCCCACCAGACCCUACAUGUAGCCUGAGCAGUGUGCAUCAUACCAUUGACUACAGAUACAAGCCCCCAGCUGUUUACCUCAUCCCACCAGACCCUACAUGUAGCCUGAACAGUGUGUAUCAUACCAUUGACUACAGAUACAAGCCCCCAGCUGUUUACCUCAUCCCCACCAUGACAUCACCUACAUGA